UGUGCUCAGCUUGGCGGCGUUGGGAGUGCGCCGUGUCCAUGGCCUCUGCCAGGCUGUCACAGCGCUGCUCUGCGGUGUCCUCUGAACCCAGUCCCUGGGCACGGAGGCAGAGGCACCUGCAGCCCCAGCUAUGUGGGGCUCGCUGGAGUGCAGCGAAGCCCCAGCAGAAGCCUGGGAGAGCUGCGGCAUGGGUGCAUGCCCUGUGCCAUGCCUGCGCGGGCACCCUGUGGCUGCUUGAGGAAUAAACCCGGGGCCAAGGGACCGGACUCCUGGCUGCUGCUGCCUCUCCCGGCUGUCCCCCGCUGGGCACUUGUACCAGGAUGCUUCGUAACAGCAGCAAGCACAAAACAAAGUCGUGAGGCGUUUCAGACCCCAGCGCUUUGCGCAGCGUCUUGGCCAUGGCACCUGCUGUGAUAACCGGAGAUGCCCAAGCCGUGACAGCUCAGGUGCCCGUCCUUGUCAGCAGCCGGGGGAGCAGGAGCACUUGCUCCCUGGGCUCUGAGGAAGCGAUGGCCAUUCCAUGUCGGUGACCCAUAGCGCGCACAUCCCAGCGCGCCCCGCGGCAGAGAGCAGCAUACUGGGAGCUGUAGUCCCGCCCUCGCCUCCGGCCCGGAGCUGCUCGCCUCUGCAAGCCCGUCACCCAGGUAGCCUCUGGCCCACCUGCUCCUCUUGCCCCCGGAUGGAGGGUUCCAAGAAGCUGGAGAGCAGCCUCCUGACACAGCCCUGGGCUUCUGUUUGCCUUAGUGAGUGCCCUUUUAUUGCCAAAGUAUGCUUCAGGGAUACUGGCUACAUCCUGCUCAUCUCUGACCUCAGCAGCGUCUGGUACGAGAGUGCAGAUGCCGAGGCUGUGGGACAAAGGUCCAAGGAGCUGAACAAGCGGCUGACAGUCCAGGUGUCCUCCUUCCUACACCACUUGUGCAAAUUGAUGGGCCCCUUGCUGGCAGGGCAGCCGGAUGCCACCACCUCUUUCUCCUGCCGCCGCACUGCCAAUGGGCUCAGCCUGCACGUGAAGAGUGAGCUCUCCGGACUGCCCUUCUACUGGGAUUUCCACUGCUGCCCUGCUCCUGUGGAGAUGGUGUCCCGCCACCUCGUCAGGCCCUUGAUUCAGAUGAGCCUGGCGCUGCAGUCCCAGGUGCAAAACCUGGCCUCUCUACUGCUUCAGAAGGAUGCUGAGAUUGAAGACUACAGGGAGAGUGGGGCCACUCUCAGCAGAGAUCGCCUGCGGACGGAGCCCUUCCAGGAGGAGACAUUUCAGCAGUGCUUCAUGGUUAAGAGCCUGCCCCAGAUCUGCGGUGCUGGAGAAGGGCAGGCAUUUACCUCCACUUUGCAGCAGCUCUACAUGGCAGUGACACAGCAGGAGGCCAGGCAGGCUCAGAAACGGCAGCACUCAGAGGAUGCUGAGGACCCGGCACCUCCUGCAGAAACCACAGGUCAUCCCCAUCCACCACCUUCAUCCCAGGAAGAUGAAACAGCAUCUUCCAGUGAGGGAAUCACACCAACGUCCUCCCCAGCUCAGAAGCCCCGGCUGCCUGCAGCCAAGACCAAGCCAAAGAAGGCAAAAGGGCUCUUCAGCUGAAGCAUCACUGCCACCCAGCCUGAGGGUCUCUGCUCCCCCCGGUAUCCAAGAGAGGCAGUGCAGAGCACCCAUGGGUGCUCUUCAUCUCCUGCACCACCUGGCAGACCCUGCCCGGCUCACGGUUCCCUCCUGAGGUGUCUCCAGCCAGGGAGAUGGGGCAUUGCCUUUCUUCAACCAUGUCUCAGGAACCUCUUUUCUAGCUCUCUCCUGGUGCAGAGCUUGCUCAGGCUGCCUCGUGGUGGAGCCAGUACUGGAGCAGGGGGCAGUGGGAGG